GUUUGGGAGUUUCCCUUUCUUCAAGCAAACACGCUCAAAGCCCAAAUCUUCCAUUCCCUCCGAUCUUCAGAACCUAUUCCAUCAUGCUCACAGUAAGCGUAAAAUGGCAAAAGCAGGUGUUUUCAAAUGUUGAAAUCGACACUAGCCAGCCUCCUUAUGUUUUCAAGUGCCAGUUGUAUGAUCUCACUGGAGUCCCUCCUGAAAGGCAGAAGAUUACGGUGAAAGGUGGUCUAUUGAAGGAUGAUGCUGAUUGGUCAACUGUUGGAGUAAAACAGGGUCAAAAAUUGAUGAUGAUGGGAACUGCAGAUGAGAUUGUGAAGGCCCCAGAGAAGGGACCUGUUUUUGUAGAAGAUCUUCCUGAAGAAGAACAAGUUGUAGCUUUGGGUCAUGGUGCUGGCCUAUUAAACUUGGGAAACACCUGCUACAUGAACUCUACGGUACAAUGCCUGCAUUCAGUUCCAGAGUUGAAAUCUGCUUUACUUAACUAUUCAACUUCUGGAAGAAGCAAUGAGUUGGAUCAGACUUCUCAUAUGUUGACGGUUGCAACACGUGAUUUGUUUAGUGAACUCGAUAAAAGUGUCAAGCCUGUGGUACCAAUGCAGUUUUGGAUGGUAUUGCGUAAAAAGUAUCCUCAAUUUGGCCAAUUGCACAAUGGCGUCUUCAUGCAGCAGGAUGCCGAAGAAUGUUGGACGCAACUGUUGUACACCCUUUCUCAAUCACUUCGAUCACCAGGCUCCAGCGAAAAUCCUGAUACUGUGAAGGCCCUCUUUGGUAUUGAACUUGUAAGCAGGAUACAUUGCCAAGAAAGUGGUGAAGAAAGCUCUGAGAGUGAAUCAGUUUAUUCUCUUAAAUGCCACAUUUCACAAGAGGUGAACCACUUACAUGAGGGACUGAAGCAUGGUUUGAAAUCAGAGUUGGAGAAGGCUUCUCCUGCUCUGGGUCGCAGUGCCAUUUACUUGAAAGAGUCCCGUAUAAGUGGCUUGCCAAGGUACUUGACUAUUCAGUUUGUCCGCUUCUUCUGGAAGAGGGAAUCAAAUCAGAAGGCCAAGAUAUUGCGGAAAGUUGAUUAUCCACUUGAGUUGGAUGUUUAUGAUCUGUGUUCUGAUGAUCUUCGCAAAAAGCUAGAAGCUCCUCGCCAGAUUCUAAGGGAUGAGGAAGGCAAGAAGCUUGGUCUGAAAACAAAUGAGAAGAGCUCUGGUUCAAAAGACAAUGAUGUCAAGAUGACUGAUGCAGAGGGAACAUCAAGUGCUAGUGGAGAACCAUCUGCAACGUCUCAAGAAGGCAAUGGAUCUGCCAAGGAAACUCAUUUAACUGGAGUUUAUGAUUUGGUUGCCGUGCUAACCCACAAAGGUAGAAGUGCUGAUUCAGGGCAUUAUGUUGCCUGGGUCAAGCAAGAAAACGGGAAGUGGGUUGAGCAUGAUGACGAUAACCCUACUCUCCAGCGAGAGGAAGACAUAAUCAAACUGUCAGGAGGAGGCGACUGGCACAUGGCGUACAUCUGCAUGUACAAGGCACGUGAUGUUACCAUGUAAGAUAGGCUUCAAUCUAUGGUGUCUCAAUUUUUUUUCAUUACACAGAAACCCUGUUGGUAGAUUGAGAGUUGUGAUUUUACAUUAUUUUCAGAACUGUAUUGUACUGUUAAAAAAAUAUACUUGUGUUUAGGAACUGGGGUUUUUAUGACUUGCAUUUGAAUUAAUAUUUAAAAUCCAA